AUGCUGAUAACAUCCGUGAUAUGGACAAUCGUAGUAUUCACUUUUGUCGUUGCGAGACCUGAAAGUUAUGAAAAUGUAUUUGACAUACAGGAAGCAAAUGUGGUGCAAGAAAAAAUGGGAAUAUCGAGAACGACGCGACAUUUGCAAAUGAAAUCAGAAAAUGCGGAAACUAUUGGGAAAGUUGGCGACGAUGCCCUCAUGAGAGAAAAGGGAGGCUUUGAACUGCAUGAUUGGCUGUCGCAUGCGCAGAAGGAAGAAAUUCGAACGAUGGAAUCUGGAGGGAUACCUAAGAGCAAAAUCGUGAACAGAAUACUGGAAUUUUUCUCUAAACUGCCAUCCGAAAAGAUAGAUGUAUGGAAUAAAGUGUAUAGGGAACAAUGUAUUAAAUGGGUUGAGACGGUUGCUACAAACAGUGAGAUAGCGGAGUUGGAGGCCCUGAGGAGUAAGAAUGAUAUUGAAGAAUACGAAACAAAAUUGAACGAAUAUAAAAGUCGUCUACCGGAAAAGGAACGAAAUCAGAUCAACCAGUGGAAGGAUGGUUGCAACAAGUUAAACAAUUUGGAUAUCAAACGAAGUACACGUCAUAUAGCAUUACGACAAGCACUAUCACAAAACAGUGGAAAUGUUCAUCUUCUUUCUAACGAACAGAUAGCUUUAUUAGAGGGCAUGAAAGCUAGUGAUGCCAACGAAGAGGAUAUUAAACACAGAGUGAAACAGUAUUAUUUGGCAUUUCCAGAGUACAAAAGAAAGAAAUUGGAUUAUCAAAUUAGAACAAAAUGUGUUCAAUGGGUACAAGAUGUAACAAAUUUCCAUGAAAUCCAACUGCUUUUGAAUUUAUUUGAGAGAAGAAAUCGAUUAGUCUUUAAUACCUUGCUUGAUGAGUAUUUCGAACGCCUGCCUAAGGAAGAACAAGAUAAACUGCAUUAUAUUAAAGAUAUAUGUCGUGAAAUGUGGAAGAAAGCAAUGAUUUCUAGUCGUCGGAAACGUUACAUAGAUGAGGAGUAUAACGAAUGGAUAUUAUGGAUGAACGAUGAGCCUAAGCAUGAAUUGCAACAGAUGCGUAAUGAUGAACCAUUGUUUGAUGCGAAACACAAAAAAGAGAAAUGUAAGGAAUAUUUUGCGGCUUUGGCAAGAAAAGACGAAAUUAAAAAGUUGGAAGUCAUGCGCGACGAAAUGAAUUACGACGAACAUAAAAAAAUUAUUGAUGGAAUUUUGAACCGACAACCACAAGGCGUACGAGACAGGGCAAAUAAAUUUUAUCAGAUAUGUGAUGAGGUGUAUCACAAACAACUUGGCCGAUCAAAACGUGAUAUUGAUGCUCUAAUGGAGAAACAUCUCCAAUGGCUUACACCUGAGCAAAAGGCAGAAAUCAAGCAGAUGAAAGCAAACGGCGAACCACUGUCUGCAAUUAAACAAAAAUUACUUUCCUACAUCGGAAUUAUGGAAACUGACAAACAAUUUCAUAUUAUUGAAAAAACCAAACAGUCUUGCUAUGCUUGGCUCGGAAACGUGACAUCCGUUGAGGAGAGAGUCGAAUUGGAAAAAUUGCACCACAGUGAUCAUUCCGCCUGCAAGCGGAAGGUUCGAGAGUACAUCAAGCGAUUGCCGCCAGGAGAGCAGGAAGCAGUAAAUAAAGACCUGGAAGUAUGCGAACAUAUAUGGUACAAUGAAGGCAGACAUGAAAGCGGUCACGAACAUCAUCAUCAUCAUCAACAACAUCGAGGAGCUCGAUGCCUUCCUCAGAAGAUUCAUGCUGUAGCUCACGGUCGAAGCAAGCGGGAUCAUCAUGAACACAAUUUGGAUGAGUACUUCCGAACGCAUCUAAGCUGGCUCACGGAUAUCCAGAAAGAUGAAAUUAGGAAAAUGAAGGAAGAAGGAAAACCGAAAGCGGAUAUGCAAAAGAAAAUUUUUGAUUAUUACGAAAGUCUAACCGGUGAUGAAAAGAAGGAAGCUAGUGAGAAGCUUCGAGAAGGCUGCCGCGCAUUGCUGAAGCAAAUUGUUGGUGAUGAGAAGAUGGCUGAACUAAAACAGAUGAAAGAUUCGGGCGUAGGUAUAGAGGAACUGAUAGCCAAAGUGGAUCAUAUGUUGGAACAUGUUACUGAUGAGCCAAAAAGGAAAAAAUUCAGGAAUAUGAAAGAUGAAAUUAGGAAAAUGAAGGAAGAAGGAAAACCGAAAGCGGAUAUGCAAAAGAAAAUUUUUGAUUAUUACGAAAGUCUAACCGGUGAUGAAAAGAAGGAAGCUAGUGAGAAGCUUCGAGAAGGCUGCCGCGCAUUGCUGAAGCAAAUUGUUGGUGAUGAGAAGAUGGCUGAACUAAAACAGAUGAAAGAUUCGGGCGUAGGUAUAGAGGAACUGAUAGCCAAAGUGGAUCAUAUGUUGGAACAUGUUACUGAUGAGCCAAAAAAGGAAAAAAUUCAGGAAUAUGGUCCUGCAUGCCGUAAAAUCUAUGGGGAUCGACAUAAGCGGGAUCAUCAUGAACACAAUUUGGAUGAGUACUUCCGAACGCAUCUAAGCUGGCUCACGGAUAUCCAGAAAGAUGAAAUUAGGAAAAUGAAGGAAGAAGGAAAACCGAAAGCGGAUAUGCAAAAGAAAAUUUUUGAUUAUUACGAAAGUCUAACCGGUGAUGAAAAGAAGGAAGCUAGUGAGAAGCUUCGAGAAGGCUGCCGCGCAUUGCUGAAGCAAAUUGUUGGUGAUGAGAAGAUGGCUGAACUAAAACAGAUGAAAGAUUCGGGCGUAGGUAUAGAGGAACUGAUAGCCAAAGUGGAUCAUAUGUUGGAACAUAAAGAUGAAAUUAGGAAAAUGAAGGAAGAAGGAAAACCGAAAGCGGAUAUGCAAAAGAAAAUUUUUGAUUAUUACGAAAGUCUAACCGGUGAUGAAAAGAAGGAAGCUAGUGAGAAGCUUCGAGAAGGCUGCCGCGCAUUGCUGAAGCAAAUUGUUGGUGAUGAGAAGAUGGCUGAACUAAAACAGAUGAAAGAUUCGGGCGUAGGUAUAGAGGAACUGAUAGCCAAAGUGGAUCAUAUGUUGGAACAUGUUACUGAUGAGCCAAAAAAGGAAAAAAUUCAGGAAUAUGGUCCUGCAUGCCAUAAAAUCUACGGAACACCUGUGAUGCGGAAUAAGCGGAAUCAGGCAAAUAAUGGCACAAAACACUGCAGCAGUCCUUACUUGCAAUGGCUUACUGACGAAGAAAAAGGCGAAAUUCGAAAAAUUAUAGGGGGAAACAAAUCAAGAGCCGAUAUACUGAAAGCUAUCUUUUUUUACUAUCAAAUUCUUCCUGGAAAGGAGAAGAAAAAUGCGGGAGAGCGCUUGAGGUUAAGUUGUGAAGAAAUCGUUCGCAGUUUGGUCUACGAAAAUCGAUUAAGUGAAUUAGAAGCUUUGGAAAAUGAUAGUUCUACAAUGAGCGAGAUGAUGAAAAUGUUGUCAGCUGCAACGGAUAGAUCAAAGUUUGCACAAAUUAAGGCAUAUCAAACCGCUUGUAACAGAAUCUUCGAUUUGAGACAGCUGGUGAGAAGAAAACGCGAACACAAAGGUAAUUCAAUCGAUAAUUAUCUUGAGAAGAAUUUAAAGUGGCUUUCGGUGGAGCAGAGGGAGGAAUUGAGGGAAAUGAAGAAGAAUGGUAAAUCGAGGGCUGAUAUGAUUGCUAAAAUGUUUCAUUAUUACGAAGAAUUAUUUGGAGAAGCAAAGCAGCAUGUCACUGAACGGUUAUACGACGGUUGUCGACAAAUUUUAAAAGAUGUUGUUGGUGGAGAUCGCUACAAUGAAUUGGCAAAAAUGAAGGAUUCGGGUGCAAAUAUGAAUGAUUUAAAAGCGAAAGCUGAUGCAAUGAUGGGUCAUAAACAUUCAUUGGAGGAACAUUUCAAGACAGAUCUGAAAUGGCUCACAAAGGAACAAAAGGAUGAGCUACUAAAGAUGAAGGAGGAAAACAAAUCGGAAGCAGAUAUUCGAGAAAAAGUAUUGCACUUCUACGAAAGUCUAAAUGAAGAAGCUAAAAAAGAAACGGCUGAAUUCCUGAACGGUCCAUGUAACGAUAUGAUUGCGCACGUUUUUGGUGAUGAAAAAGCAACAGAACUGAAGGAACUGAGAAAAUCAGUUGGUAUUGCCGAUGAAAUUAGGCGCAAGAUGGAUGCAAUGAUUGAUGAGGUUAAGGAUGAGGAUAGGAGAGCCAAAGCACGAGAAUAUGGCUCAAUUUGCCAAAAGAUCUUUGUUGAUUACCAACAUAAACAUAAUGAACAUUCACUGGCACAUUAUUUUCGUACGCAUUUGAAAUGGCUUCCCGAAGCACAAAAGGAAGAAAUCAAGAAAAUGAGUGCUGACGGAAAAAGUCGCGAAGAAAUCCAAUCUAAAAUUUUUGAGUUUUUUGAACGUGCAAGCGGUGAAACGAAGAAAUAUGCCACAGAAUCACUAUUGGAAGGUUGUUACGAAUUAUUCAAAAUGAUUGGCGGUGAAGAGAAAGCUGAUGAGCUGCAUGUUAUGAUACAAAGCGAUUUGACUGCCGAGAAGAUCGAGGAGAAAAUCAUUUCAAUAAUCGACUCUGUAGAUGAUCAAUCGAAGAAGGCUUAUGCUAAAGCUUACGUAACGCCAUGCAUGCAACUCUACAGUAUUCGUUUAUCCAGACAGAAGCGAGGUUCACGCUUACUUGACGCAUGUUUAUUAAUCAAAAAUAUGGUUGGGUAUUUAGAAGCCUUAUUGGAUUUAUCCCAAUAA